CGAUGACCGAAGUUAGUAGUAUCUCCAAUGAAGAUAAUUUGGCCGCCGAUGGAAAGUCUAAAAAUCAAGACUCUGAUAAUUUAUCCAAAAAUGUGUUCGAGAAAGAUCUAUUUGGAAAUGAUGAUUUGAUAGUUAGUGGCCCAACAAAGCACUCGGUAAUAGAUUCAGAUGAUGGAGGGGAACUCGAACCACUUCCCGAAAAAAUGAUCCAAGAUGUCGUGCUUGAUCCUGCUGUGCAAAAAGACCAUAUUAACCCAAAAAUAGAACCCUCUCCUUCAGUGCCAGAGACUAAACGUGAACAUGACGAGCAAGUUGACACCUCACACAUUGCUGAGCUUAGCGAUGACAAAAAGAACUUAGAAAUCAAUUCAAAUUCAGGCGUGAAAACCUCUAGCUUAGAUGUCAAGGAAUUAAAUACCGAUACUAAAGCAUCCCCGUCAGAUACCAAGACACCAAGUACAAAUAUCACGAUAUCAAACUCAGAUGCCAAUAAGACACCAGCUUUUGAUAUGAAAACUGAGAGCAAGCCCAAGGUUCUAAAUCCGCCGCCGCCUCCGUGGUUCAAACCUGGAAGGGGGCGUAAAACAAACCAGCUGCAAUUCUUAGACAAAACAGUUAUAAAGGCUGUGAGCAAGCACAAAUACGCAUGGCCAUUUCUAACGCCAGUGGACGCCGCUGCAUUGAUGCUCCCGGAGUACUACAACGUGAUCAAAAACCCAAUGGACAUUGGCACAAUAGGGAAGCGACUGGGACAUGACUACUAUUACAGUGCAAGGGAGUGCAUAUCUGAUUUCAACCUCACUUUCAACAACUGCUACAUCUUCAACAACCCAGAGGAGGAUGUGUACAAAAUGUGUCAAGACGUGGAAAAGGUGUUCUUGACAAAACUGUCUUUAAUGCCUCCUUGUGAAGAAGAAUUGAAUCCGAGUGCUUCUCUGGCGGGAAAAAAGAAACAACAACUACCUUCUCCUCUACCGGUCAAUAAAGCAGCCAACAUAAACAGAGGCGCCACUAUAGUUGCAGCAGCGGUUGCACCAGCAGCUGUGACGCCUUUAGUGGCCGAAUUGACGAAGCCUCAGUCUCAGCAAACAACACCUAACCCUCCUUUGACUCCUUCUUCGCAAGUGCAAUCAUCACAACCGAACUCCCCCCCUAGUACCGUUUCAUCGUCUACAGAAACGGGAAAUGAUUCUUCUUCGGAUGCUGCAGUUACUGUCACUACAAUUACUAGUAGUAGUAGUACCACUACAACAAGUGCAUUCCCAGCUCGACCCAGACCGAACCUCCCAGAUGUGGUGGAGAUGGCCAGCCCUCCGCCACAGUCUUCGGCUGGUGUGAAGCGGAAGGCGGACACCACCACGCCAAUCACUCCCCUCCCACCUCUGUCUCCGAAUGAACUGCACGAGAAAAACAAUGCAGUUCAGAAGGAGAUAGCGGCCAAGAAACAACUGAAGAAGGCUCAGUUGAUGUCCUCGAUGACCUCGGCAGCAGUUGCAGAGAAGCAGCAGAGAGACGAGAACAUGGGGGUGAUAGGUAGUGUGGGGAAGCGACACUGUUUGACCCCGGAGUUGAAGUACUGUCUGGGAAUCAUCAGGGAGUUGUUCAACAAGAGACAUCAGCACUAUGCGUGGCCCUUCUACAAACCAGUAGACGUGGAAGGACUUGGACUCACAGACUACUACGACAAGAUCAAGACUCCGAUGGAUCUAGGGACGGUGAAGAAGCGCCUUGAAGACAUGCCUCCCUAUUACAAAACAGCAGCUCAGUUCGCUGGAGAUGUGAGGCUCAUAUUCACAAACUGCUACAAGUACAACCCACCAGAUUACGAUGUGGUCAAAAUGGCACGUCAAUUGCAUGACAUCUUCGAUGCGAGGUUCGAGAUGAUGCCGAAUUUCGGCGCCAACUCGGACACCCAGUCUCCUGAAUUCCCGCAGAUGAGUGUGAACACAUCUUCUGUCAACAGUGCAGUCAAACGCAGUUCCUCCAAGCAGCAACAGUCCUCAAUUCCGGACUCCACGAGUAGUGUGGUGUCCUCAAUGCAGAAGCCAGAGCUGAUUCCAGAGGCCCUCUUGGAUCCGAGUGUCCUCAAUGCACAAAUUGCGAGUGCAGCCAGUGCUCCUGGAGACAGUUUCGACAAGAACGAAAAAGUGCUACACCUACAACAACAGCUGAAGAAUGUGAUGCAACAAUUGAGUCAACUGCAACAAGGCACUGUGGAAGACCAAGUGAGCAGUUCGUCUCCUCCUUCGAAACCGACUGCGGCGAAGAGACGCCGCACGACAGGGAAGAAUAACGCGAAGGGAGGAACAACAGCAGCGGCAGCGGCAGCAGCAUCAGCAGCAGGAACUAAGAACCCGAACGAAACGAGGGGUCGCAAGAAACGACAGCCCAACAGUUUCCAGCCAACUAAUUCGUCGCCAGCCACAGUUGACACGAGUGUGAACACUCCCUACGACAGCGACGACGACAACCUCGACAUUGCGAUGACAUACGACGAGAAGCGCAAACUCAGUCUAGACAUAAACAAACUGCCGGGCGAGAAAUUGGGUCGAGUAGUGCACAUAAUCCAGACGAGGGAACCCUCUUUGAGAGACUCGAAUCCGGACGAGAUCGAGAUCGACUUCGAGACGCUGAAGCCCUCGACGUUGCGGGAACUGGAGAAAUAUGUGAACACUUGUCUGAAGCAGACAGGGGCAGGGGGUACUAGACCCUCUUCAGGGUCAGCGGCAAAGAAACAAACAAAGAAGGCUGCAGGGUCACCCGACAAGAAACAGCACAACGCACAAGCCCGCAAGAAAGCAGGUGAGAUCUCCAAUCUGAGUGACUCAAGCGGCGAGGGAAGUUCGGGCGAUGAAGGGGAGAGGGACUCCUCGAGCGACGAUGAAGACGAAGACGAAACUGCCUCGUCCGACUUCGGGCCAUGAACUGUACUACUCUCUUAACUAAAUAAUCUAUAAUCAACCACUAACUAAUCUUUAUCUAAACCAGCCCAAGCUCAACAAUGUCCUAUAGAAUCAUGUACACUUUCUAUCUUGAUAACAUAGUAAAGUUGACUAGCAGACAAAAAUAAGACCAGCGGAACCUAUUUUUGAUAGGGUAGUUCCAAUAUGUAAAUCAAUGAGUCAUGCUUGAUGUGACAAAUAAGUAUCUUUUGACGAAAUAAAACGU